AUGGCUGGUCAGGGUGAUGCCAAUCUCGCUGAGCAGUUGCGGCUCGCUAGGGAGUUGCAGACGAGUUUCAGCGGCGCUCAACCCCCUCGACCCGGACGACGAGGUGCCAGAGCUGGGGGUCGUGGAUCUCAUCAAGCUGGCGGCCGCGGAUGUUAUCAAGCCUCUGGGGAAGGACAAUUCCAGAAUGCACCGACUUACGGUCAGGAAAGUGCUACCUUCGGCUGGAACAAUCGCCCGUCGGCGGCCGGUCGCGGUUCAUAUUCCGGUCGUGGAAACGGUGUUCCCUCUGGUGGGUUCGGUCAGCCUUUCCAAGCUAGGCCAGCUGCAUCAUCCACCGCCUACCAAGCAGCUAUGCCUGGACGAAGUGCAGCUGACAUGGGCGACUCCUCGAUCCGAGCAAAAUGGGCGGCAAACGAGCUUGUCACCUCCGGCUCGCCAGAUGCUGAUCGAUACUUCUACCAUCAACAGCCCCGAACAUCAACCACGGGGUCGGCGCAAACAUCAUUUGUUCAUGCUUCUCAGCAGCGCCCCCAAAUGGUAGACCAUGAUGCUAAUACGCACCUCGCUCCCAGAACCAACCUGGCGCAGAACAACUACUCUUUUGGUGGUCAAGAAUCCUCGCCCACUGACGGCGACAACGUUCACAGCGCGGAAGCACGCCAGCGACUUCCUGAGAACACCCCCCCUGCUUCCAUGGGCGACAGAAAUGUCCCACCGACGCCGCAGUAUAUCAUGUCACUUGAUGGCUCUUCUGAAAGUCGACAAGAUAGACAAGAAUACCAAGACGAUGUAGAGAUGGGAGGUGUUGAGGAUGCUCAGAGCAUUGCAAGCUCUUGUGCGCGACUGCGACCCCGGGGUCUCAAUGGUUCAAUGUGGAACCCAGCGAACCAUCAGCACCAACCUGGAGCAGGAGACAUUGGGGGCGAGCGGGACAACCGAUCCCUUCCCCGCGACGAGGCUGUCUGGAACAUUGCAGCUCAUCAGCCUCGUGCUCCAGCAGCUGCAAUUCCUGACCAAGAUAAUGACUCAAUGUCAGUUGUCUCGACGGACAAUUCAGGGAUAGAGCGACGUGGUCCUGCCAACCGUGCGGGUCCGAAAGUCAGCUCCGGGCUGUCGAUCCACGAAGCCAUAGUGCACUGGACGCUAGCGAGAGGUACAUCGACCAAAGCCCUCGCCAGCAAGGUCCACGAUUAUGUCAGUCUUCGCCAAGUCUCGUUGUCUAGAGAGUAUGGCAGCAAGAAGCAAGCGGGAAUAUCGAACUAA